CGGGCCCUAAAUAUGAAAGGCUAGCGGCCCAUGCACCAUUGGUACUCUCGAUUUGCUGACACAGGCUUGCAGCAGUGUUUAGGCAGCUUCAAGCGUCUGGCUGCUUCAUCUCAAUGUACUGUACUUCUUCUCUUGUUUCCCUGCGUGAAAUCUAAGCUUUUGCCAGAACUAUUCUAAAUUGUUUUCAUUGUCCGCUCUAUUUGUUUAAUUGAGAUAUAGGAUCUGGAUUGUAGAAAAUUCUAUGACAAUGGAUUGGGGCUUUUAUUUUAGGAUUUGAUUUCAUAAGGUCGGAGCUGGAAUUGUAUUUUGGAAUGGAUAAGAAUGGAAUUGUGGCAGUAUUUUUAUCGGUUUUUAUUGUUGCCGAUGUUUCCAAUGCUUCAUUGCUGUCGACGUUUCGAAGAUUCGUAACCGUUGCUUCUACGGGUAGCUCUGGCACCAAUCAAAUUUCUCCAUCGCCAAGUCCAGAUCCUCUUCUUAAUACGGCGUCAAAUGGGACAAGCUCAAAGGAUCCAAAGGUCAGAUGAUUCUAACAAGGUUGAUUCUGGUUCAAAGGGUUCGUUGGCGGGUCCGCAUCCUCUAAACAAUGGAACAACAACUAGAAACGACCAUAAAACGGAUUCACAGUCUGAGGUUGGUCAAAAUUGUACUGCGAUGACCAGAAGGUGCAAGGAUCAGAAUAAAUUGGUUGCCUGCAUUCUUCAUUUUGAAACUGGGCACAAAAAAUUUGUGGUUCUAGUUCAGAAUGAAGGUGAAAGCAAUCUGAAAGUGGAUCUUUCUGCUCCAAAUCCUAUUGAUAAUACUUCCUUUAGAAUAGCCAAACACCAAACUAAAAAGAUCAAUUUAACUGUUGGUAACAGCAAUGAAGUGAUACUAAAAGCUGGACAUGGGGAAUGUGUCCUACACACUGAUCUUCCAGAAUCUAAGGGAAACAUUUUCUUGCACCUGCCUUCUUACGAUAAACUUGUUACUCCCAUUAAUGGUGCCUACUUCAUAAUUCUCACAGUGUUAAUUUUUGGAGGGAUUUCAGCUUGGUGCUUGCUUAGAAAGAGGAAACAACAGAAUGGCAUUCCUUAUCAAGAACUUGAGAUGGGUUUGCCAGAAUCUAGUUUCGUAGACAAUGUCGAAACAGCAGAAGGUUGGGAUGAGGGUUGGGAUGAUGAGUGGGAUGGGGAAAAUGCAGUGAAGUCACCAGCAGCAGGCCAUUCAGGAAGUAUUUCAGCCAAUGGCCUUACUUCUAGGUCACAAAAGAAAGAUGAAUGGGAAAAUGAUUGGGAUGCUUAGGACUUCUGCAGUUGAAAAGGGGAGACACUUCUACCCAUGAGGGUACAGGGUGGAGAAACAAGAAAAAGAAUAGAUACACGAAAUUUAGGUGAUGAAAUAUUGGUUGUAAAUCAUUCUCACUCUUGUCAUGCUAACAUUUGUAGUUUUCAUGUAACAGCGAGUCCAGAGAGGUUUUCAUUUCUGAAAAACAGAGGUGAUGUAUCUUUCUGCUUUUUGUGAAAUACAAAUUGUUAAUUGGGUUUCUUAUCCCGCAUA